CUUUCCGGCAGUAUAUGCCCAGCAAGCCAGCAAAGUAUGGCAUCAAGAUAUGGGUGGCCUGUGACGCACAAUCCAGCUAUGCUUGGAAGAUGCAAGUCCACACAGGGAAGCUGACCAGUGGAGGCCCGGAGGAGAACCAGGGGAUGCGGGUUGUGCUUGAUGUGACAGAUGGACUGAGGGGGCACAAUGUCACGUGUGACAAUUUCUUCAUCUCUUAUGAACUCAGACAGCAGCUCCUGAAGAAGAAGAUCACCAUGGUUCGCACAGUUAGAAAGAACAAGCCUGAGCUCCCCCCUGCACUCCUCGCAACAAGGGGGAGAGAAGCCUUCUCAUCAAAGUUUGCCUUCACCCCCACCACCACUCUAGUUUCUUACUUCCCAAAGAGGAACAAGAAUGUGGUCCUCCUGAGCACACUGCACAAAACGGCUGAGAUCAGUGAUCGUGAGUACAGGAAGCCAGCCAUCAUCCUGGACUAUUACCACAACAAACGAGGCGUGGACAACCUGGACAAGGUGAUUGGAACUUACAGCUGCAGGAGGAUGACCUGGGGUGGCAAGAGGAGGCAAUACCAAUUCUGCUCCCCAAAGAAGGACUGUUAA